AUGGACUCAAACGGCUUCCGCACAGCACUUGAUGCCGCCACUAGCUUCCUAGAUACCCCAGUCGUCACGGUGUCUGUCGGUUCUGAGGUGGGGAACACAAAAGACUUCAGCGUCCACGAAGGUCUGCUCAAAGACCAUUCUGCAUUCUUCAACAACGCCCUAAAACCCAAUCGUUUCAAAGAAGGCUUUGAGCGCCGAAUAUCCAUGCCAGGGGACGAUUCCAAAGUCUUUGCGCUUUACGUUCAGCUACUCUAUCGUCCCGACCUGUUGUCCACCGAAAUAAAACGAAACAGCGAGCUCUCUGAGCAAGAGUGUAUUCUCUUAGCUGAGCUAUACGUGUUCGUGGAAAAGAUAAUAGACGAGUCUACCAAAAACAUCUUGUUAGAAGCCUUUAAGAUUUUCUCAUGGGAAAGGCCGUUUCCCGUUGCAGCAGCACAAAUCAUUUACAGUGGGACACCAGAACACGACCCUGCUCGUGCCAUAUUUGUACAAUCAUUAUUCCGCUACGGCCAACAACGAUCGCUUGAAAGUAUCCUCGAUACUGGACAUCCCGAUCUCUUUCGCGAUCUCGCUUUCUGCUUGAGUAAGCGCUGCCAUAAGGUACAUGACAAGGUCAAGGUUGGUCGCAAAACCGUUCUUGGAAAGAGAAGCAAUGCCCCGCCUCUCUACUUUCUAUAG